AUGAACUAUACCUUGAUAUCGGCUGGAUCCGAUGCUAAAAUAUAUAAAUGUGAUUUCAUUGGAAAGGAAGCAAUUAAAAAAGUAAUUUACAGAAAAUAUUAUAGACACAAAAAGAUUGAUUCAAAAAUACGAAAAUUAAGAGUAUCAAAUGAAAUAAAAUUUACUAAAAAACUAGCCAGUUUAAAUAUUGAUGUACCAUAUUUAUAUUUUGUUGAUACAAAAGAAAAAAGCCUAUAUUUUGAAUAUGUCAAUGGCUGUACAAUAAAUAAUAUAUUAAAAAAUAUCAAACAAUAUCAACCGAGUAUUCCUAAAUUCAUUGGUAUUACAUUAGCAAAAAUACAUAAUGGAAAUGUAAUACAUGGGGAUUUUACUACAUCAAAUUUAAUUUUAAGACAUUCAUAUAUUAAUGAAAAUGAAAUUUUUAAUAAUUUAAAUAAUACCCCUUAUGAAUUGGCUGAUAUCGCGGAGGUAAAGCUUUGUGUUAUCGAUUUUGGUCUAUCCUUUUUAUCAGCUUCGGUUGAGGAUAAGGCUGUGGAUUUGUUUGUUCUCUUGAAAGCCAUUAAAAGCUUCCAUAGUGAAUUUCCUAAAUUGGAAGAAGACAUUUUAUUGGGAUAUGAAACUCAAUCAAACAAUUUUGAUUUAAUCAGCAAAAAACUAGAAACAGUCAAACAAAGAGGGCGAAAAAGACCAAUGGUGGGAUAA